AAUUUGGGGAAGUGAUAUUCAUUUUAAAAAUUUCCGCAUUUGAAAAUGGACGAGCAAACUAUUCGAUGUUCUUAUCCAGAGUGGUGCUCUAAAUGCGGGGUAUUGAAUGUUACUGAUAUUGAAGGAUUACAAAUAAAUUCCUCUAAGUGUCUGAAGUUCUACAAAUUAGAAUACCCCCUCGAAAUCAAUCACCCCCUUGGGACUCUGAAAGAGGGGAAAAGAUGUUGCGAAGGAACAUUGACGAUUUACUAUACCCCGAAUUCAUCAGAGACGCUGCAUGCCGGAGGGUUACACAUACCUUUGAAUACUACUGAAAAAUUCAUAACCAACGCAACAGAACAAACCUCGACUAAGCUGGUUAAGCGAGAAAUUCCCCCCUCCGUUAAAAACGUUUAUCAUCCCUAUUUCCCCCUGAUCCUCUCUGCCGCAGUAGGGGGCUUACUCGUGUUGCUCGUCUUUGUCAUUUUUCUUUCAGCGAAAAUGAGAUUCCAUAAAUCUAAAUCAGGAUUCAGUAUGCCAAAAAAUGUCCAAUUCGAUGUAAUUUUCAACAAUUACAAUCCACUUGCAACACCCCACGAAGAUACAGAGCGAGAAACCAGUCAGACUAGCAGGAAAUCUCCAAUUACCUUGAGAGGAGUCAAUAAUCAGACCCAAAGGGCACCUGCCACAGAACCUUUGAAUCAGGAACAAACACUUCAUCGUCAAAAUAGAUCAACUCCUCUAGCACAUGAUUUGAACAUCAAAUUGAAUAUUCCAUCAUCUGACCAACUAGACACAGAAGAGGAAUCAAUUUACGUGAAUGAACUGGAAGGUAUUUACGUGAAUACCGACGAAAAAGUGUCCUUGAAUGAUGAUGAUGAAGCAACGUACAUGAAUGUAAAUGAGGGUUAUCUCGAUUUAAAUGACAUUGUCCCUCCUCCGUGUAGAGGUGCCUCACCCUCCUUACCGAUUCUGUCUUUGCUUUCUCAGAAGACAGGACAAAAGAGAGGCCAGAAUAAGGACGACCACUCUACACUACAUUCAUAUAUUCAACUUAUUUAAAAACAAACUUUCAAAAAUGAAAAAGAUUACUGAUAUAAAUUUAAUUUUACUUUUCAUACUUGUGAAUUUGAUUUGUUUUCUUCCAAUAAGUGCAGUUGUUCUUGUUAAUGUUAGUAACGGGGACAUUAUCCUAUGUAAAAUACAUAUAAGAGGUAAAAUUUGAGGAACGAAAAAUAAUUGUAUCAGGGAGUAUACGUGAAAUAUUUAUAGGUUAGAUUUGAUCUGUACAUAUGCAUAUCAUGUUUGAAGUACACUUUUUCAGUUUUGUUUCAGAAGUAGUAUAUACUAUGAAUAACUUUGAUUUUGUUCCACGCUGAAAUGAGUUCGUUAUAGUUCACACUUGCUCCACUUAAGACAGUCUACAUAUUUUGUACUUUAAUUUUGUGAAAUUGGAGUAAAUAUUUAAUGAUAGAAAGGAUUUAGCUUUAACUCAAUGGUAAAAGUAUUUGCAAAAGUGGCAUACAUGUACAUAUACAUGUACAUCAGAUAAAAGUGAUGUGAGAGAGGUAAACAAGACCCAAAUAAACCAAAAAAAUGAUCAUCAUAUGACUGUUACGUCACAAUUAUAUAGAACUGUUUUGAUUCGUAAAUUCGAUGCUGAU